CAUAAUUAAAAAUAGUUUUAAUUAGGUAGUCGUGAAAUAAAGUGUAUUUGCUGUAAUCACAACGUAUCAAACUAAUGUAAAAAAUUCGAUAGGUGUGUUGCAAUAAUUUACGUACUAUAAACUUAUUCUUUUAUGAAAUAAUGUCGAAUUUUGAAGUCUCUUCAAAGGCAGUCUUUGUGUUGGAUGGAGGAUUCUCAACACAGUUGACCUGUCACGCCGGUCAUACUGCUGAUGGCGAUCCUCUUUGGAGUGCACGAUUUUUAAAGACACACCCUCAAGAUGUUAUUAACACACACCUGGACUUCCUUCGUGCUGGCUCUGACAUCAUCGAAACAAAUACUUACCAAGCCUCCGUAGAUGGAUUUGUUAAGCAUCUGAACUUAACUGUCGAAGAGAGCUACGAACUGAUAAAAAGUGCUGUUGAAUUUGCAAAAACUGCACGCGACUUAUACUUGCAAGAAUGCCAAGAAUCAAACCUUUCAGGUCGGAAACCACUCAUAGCUGGUUCGGUAGGUCCUUAUGGUGCAUAUUUACAUGACACAUCAGAAUACACCGGUAAUUAUGCUGAUAAUACAACAAAGGAAACCAUAAAAAAUUGGCAUAGGACAAGAAUUCAAGCAUUAGUAGAGGCAGGUGUAGAUAUAUUGGCGUUCGAAACAAUACCAUGCCAAAAAGAAGCUGAAGCACUUGUAGAAAUAUUAAAAGAAUAUCCUAAUAUGAAAGCAUGGUUAUCAUUUAGCUGCAAAAAUGAGACUUCCUUAGCUCAUGGAGAAAAUUUCCAAAAUGUUGCCAAAAAAUGUUGGAAAUCAAACCCAGACCAGUUAAUAGCCAUUGGAGUCAAUUGCUGCUCUCCGAAAAUAGUGACUGAACUCUUUAAAGAUAUAAACAAUGAUCAAGAAACUUCCAUACAAUUUAUCACAUACCCUAACUCAGGAGAAACUUAUGACCACAAACUUGGUUGGACUGAAUCGGACAAAUGUGAAAGCUUACAUAAUUUUGUUGCUGAAUGGCUUGACCUUGGAGUUAGAUACAUAGGUGGUUGUUGUAGAACAAAUGAUGUAGACAUUUCUAGAAUACGCAUUGAGACAGAUCUUUGGUUGAAAAAAAACAUCUUCGGAAUAUCUGUCAAAAAGAAACAACGGAAUGAUCAAAUUCAAAACUUGCUCAAAGAAAAUAAUGAUCUCAAAGAACAAAACAAUAAAUUAGUAUUAGAAAUGGAUAAAUUAAAAAAAGAAUUUGGAAAGAUGAAAGAUGACAAAUUCUCCGACUACCUCUCUUUGAUGAAAGAGCGAGAUGCAAGAUAUGCUUUAUAUUUCGAAAACCUAACUCUUCAAACGAAGCUUAAAGACCUUGAUGGUUCAUUUUGCUCGUCCAAUGAGGCAUAUGGAGAUCCUGUGGUGCUGAGGAUAGCCCUGGAUAGAUGCAGAGAACAACUGUCUGCAACUCAAACUAGUUUGAAGAAGAUGGUGGAAGAGUACUCAAAUACGGUACCUCGGAGAGAGUACGAUGCGCUGGAGUCUAAGCACGAUUCAGUAUUGAAAAACUUAUCAGCUUUGGAAGCAGAAGUUAAAAGCUUACAGGAAGCACAUAGAAAGCUUUAUGCAUCGAAGAGGUCGUUAGAAGAAGAGUUAUCUGAAGUGAAGGAACGCUGCAGCGAACUGGAGCGAGCCGGCACUCCUCGUCCGCACUGGGACCUCUGUGCUGACUUCAUCGGAGGUGGACGAAACCGCUGGUGGCAACUGGCGAGCGGCCUGACGUCACGGGACACGCUCCGAGUGCUACUUAAAGAGUUAGGUCCGGCCGCCGAGAGCGAACACUUGGAGUAUUUUGAUGGACUCGGCAUGGACCCCUCGAUACCUACAUACCUGCGCUACGAAGGCAAGGUGCGGAACCUGCGACUCUCGCGACGGGAGAUCAGCGUCAUCAUCAACGACAUCUGGCUCGGGAAACAACAACACAUGUCCAUGUCCAUGCAGGAUUACGUCACCAAGUAUUUUGAAGAUAGGUACCAGCAGGCUUCGGUCCGAGCCGAAUGGGCGUACAACCUGUGCGCUGGCGCCGAGCAGCUGCUAGACGACCCGCAGGUGCGACUGUUCUGGGGCACCGCGCAUGCGCAGCUCAGCGAGCACGUGUACUGGGGCCUGCGGACGCACUGGCGCGCGCUGCGGGACCAGCUGUACCGACACGCUGACGGCCGGGAGACCAUUUCCAUUGAAGAAUUCGAGAAAGUUGCGAAAGCUACGUUCCCGUUGAAGAGUGAGGUCGAUAUCAAAAACUUAGUGGACGUGGUGAGGAAGCAGCUCAAACUGAAGAUCAACAACCAGCUUAUAUGCCUGGACAAACUGUUCUAUGAGAACGAAGAAGGCUUUGAGAGAAUAGAACUGGCCAAGGAGUUGUACAGACAGCGGAGGCUUGCUCAGGACCGGUACAUCCGCGAGCUAGUCGCCACCUUGGGAGGGAAACAAGCCGCCAACAAGCCUGUCACUGUGGACGCACUGAAAAGGGCCUUCGCAUUGCUCGACCCAGCUAUCGAUCAUAUUCGCAUGGAGCGUUACAUACGCUGGGCGUUCUCGGAUAACACUUCUGAUUUGAACAACAUCUGUGCAAUACCACUCAGAACACUCACAGGAAGACUGGCUGCGGGAGACAUAGAGAGAGUGGGGCCGAGGUAUAAGAGCAUUAGGAGGACUUACAAGUAACAAAUAUUGUAAAAGUGAUAGACGAAAUUAAAUAUUUAGAAAUUUUACCAAAAACUUAACUAUUCAAAUGUUUCUUGUUAUAA